AUGUUGAGAAGUUUUGGUGGAAGAGUCUCCACUGUGAGCAGACUUGUCAAAGGUGCCCAAAUUUCCAGAAAUUUAGGACCAUCGAUUCUUGCAAUUCGUUACAACUCUUCAUCCAAGCUAGAUUCCAAGCCCAGUGAAGUGUUCACAAAGAUCUCCGACUCAGAGGAUCCUCAAAGAAACCCAUUCUUCCAGUAUAGUUGGGGCUCAUGGAUGAAAAAUGAUCAGAUAGAGCGUAAGAGAAGAGAAACCAAGUUUUCGAUUGAAGGUUUCACUUCUAUCUUGCAAGAGAUUUGUAGCAAGGAGAAUCCGAGUUCUGUCAAAGCUCCAACCUUGUUGAACGAUGGUACUACAGUUCUUUCCAACAACCUAACCGAAGAUAUCAUCGGCAAAUUCACGAAUAUCAAGGGAAACGCUAUGGUCAAGUCCAUUGCUUCUAUUCAUGAAGGUAAGCAUAACAGAAUCUAUAAAGUCACCUUAUCUAGUGGAAAGGAUUUGGUGUUGAGAAUCCCAUACCCUUUGGAACAACAAUACUCGACAGCACUCAUGGUCAAGAGUGAAGUAGCUACUUUGGAUUUUCUUGAUUUGAAAUUGGGAGUAAAGGUCCCAAAGGUAGUUGCCUAUGGGUUUGAUAGAGAUAAUGCCUUGAAGAGUCCGUUUAUCUUAAUGGAGCACAUCGAAGGUGAGUUGCUCAUGAAGCAAUGGGAGCCAUUAGUGGAAGGUGAGGUUACUGAUGAAGCUACCAAGGCCACUUUAAACAAAGUCAUUAACCCAAUUGCUGACUUCUAUGAAAAAUUACUUUCAGUCACCUUCAAUAGAUUUGGUUCGCUUUACUUCUAUAAUGACGUUGUUGACCCCAAGGAUCAAGCCGUCUUGCCGUAUGAUGGCGAAACAGAUUCUCUGCUUGUCAACAGAUGGAGAAUUGGCCCAAUUACUGAAAGAAUCUACCACAAGAAUAAAUCUUCGUUGACCAAAUCUCAUUUACAACCAUACUUAGGCCCUUGGGAAAAGGAUGCACCAUUGAAGCUUAUUAAAGAUGUUGCUGGAGUUCAAUUAGAGGCUCUUCGUCACAGAUUGAGUUUAGCUGAAGCAGGAUCAUCUAGAAUUGUUGAAGAUACAGAACUAUUGAAGAGGGCAAUCAAGACAUUUGAAAAUUUGAAAACGGUUUCAGAAAAGUUAUUAUCGCCCACAUCUAGUGCAAUUGUUAAUGUUGAUGAUCUUUUCAAGCCUAGACUCUUCGUACCAGAUUUGGACCCAUUGAAUGUUGUAGUUCAAAAGGACUCAGGUACCCCAUACUUUGUUGAUUUCGAAAAUACUAGCAUAAAACCAUUUGCGUUAGCUAGUCAUCCUGCUUUCGUAGCGUACCAAGGUGCUAAGGUGUACGAUCUUGAAGAAGAUAUCCCGGGAUAUAAAGACAUGGAUGAAGUUGAACAGCAGCAGUACCAAUUCAUGUACUAUAAGACCAGAAAUGAAAGAUUAUGGGAAGUUGCCUUGAACGAAAGAAGACAUGACUUGAUUGCUGUUGCAUCGCCUCACAUUAAAAUUUUAAAAUCUCCAUACUUACAGGCUGUUGAUUUCAAGCAAGACAAGGAUUAUUUAUAUGUGGAAGGAGCCAUUGUACAAUUACAAGCAAUGUGGGAUGCUUAUGUAGCAAACGAGUUAGUUAACACUACUGAGCUGGAAUUCCCAAUACAAUAUACUGCUGAGUUCUUGGAUGAAUAUCAACUGGACUUAGAAACUUACCAAAUGGAAUCUGUUUCGACUCCUUUCGCAGCCACUGGAGGAUGGGUUCCACAGGAUAUGUUCAAUAAUCUUAAAGAUCAAGGAAUAAUAGUGGAAGACGGCAAUGGUAACUACAAGAUUGAAACUGAAAAAGCCCUUGAACAGACCGAAGAAGAAAAGAUGGAAGCAGAAAAUAAGAAAUAG